CGAACUUCCACAAUCUAUACGGACGUGAAGCGCUCGAACCUUUUUGGCCACGAGCGCGCGACUGUGUGAACGUGUGCGUGUGCAUGUCGCGAGCGCGAACCGCGCCGCCAACGGUGGCAGUAGAGUGGCCCGCAAAGUGGACUUGAGAUGCGAGACACCGCCGCCAUCAUAUCGAAAAUUACGAUAACGAAAUCGCCGCGGCCAUUGCGAUUUUCGCGCCCGGCGCGGUGCUGGAGCAACCGCACGGGAGACCAACGAAAGCUUAUCAAAGCUCCCACCUCCCACCGCACACACGCCACAUCGCUAGCGAAAGGAUUAUGAUUUCAAGUGCGGUUAAUAAAAAGUCAGCGCGAGUGAUUUAAGUAUCGUCGUCUCGGAUUACUCAGCUUGCGUUAACUUCCAAAGUGCCUUCUUAAUUACUAUCAGUGCUCCUUCAAAAUGAAAACUCUCCUGUGAAGCACCUACGUGUAUUUUACGUGCACAUUUUUUGAUCGUCUAUAAUUUUUUGUUUGUACCCGCUGCCUGGCGUGCCAUUGGGGAAUAUAUAGUGUAUUUUCGUUCCGCGCAUAUAUUGCCUACGCAGAAAUAAUUGUGAUGACUGAGAUUAUGCCAAGAAAACAAGAGUUUGUGUUCGUUUCGUCCGCGACUUCAAGCAUAGUAGUGGCGUGCUAUUUUAAAAGAAGAUACAAUAUUAAAAAUAUAUAUUUUUUAUAACCACUACAGACGCGCGUGUCGAGCGAACAAGUGCGGCGUAUUUAGCGAUUAUAUUUUGAAGCUAAAGUUUAUGAGUGCACUUUUUUAAUUUUGGGCACUGAUUUGAAGAGGGUUCAAGUAAGAAGUUCCGCACAAUCACACACAAACACAUCAUCGUCGCAGCUUACAAUCGAGCCAAUAAAGUAGUGGAAAAACGUGUGCAUGUACAAAGUUGUUAAUAAUCUGUGAACAUACUUUGCCCGCUCGCAUAAUAAUUUGCUCGCAAAGUUAGCUGGCAAACUACCAGGUGAAAAUAUUUACCGACAGGUGGUGAGGUAUUUUGCGAUAUAUUAUGAAAUAAUAAGCGCAUCACAUGACCCGUCGUUGAUUACACGUCAUCACAGCGUGACAGUUUGUCAAUUGCAAAUGGUUAAUGUGACUUAAGUCACAUUAGUGAUGGCUGAACGAAUGACCAAACGUAGGUUAAGUAGAUUAUCCCGCAGCGCCUCAGCGGAAAGCUCAGGCGAUGUGCCCGUGAUCGACCCGUUGACGGUCAAGUCAGUGAAGCGUAUGCUGAAGAAACCAAAGGAGCGAUGGUUGCUCACGAGAAAAACAUGGCGGUAUAUGGCGGAUGCAGGCCGCAAACUCAUUCCGGAGGGUGCACAGAAUCGCCCCGAAGAUUUACCCAAAAUCGAGGCUUAUUUCCAAGAAGUGUGCAAAAGAGAGCCACGUUUUUUGUUGUGGCGGAAAAACUCCUAUCCCGGAGCGUUGAGUUUCCGCAAAAAACGGAAGAACCGUGGUGCAGGAGGAAGUUGUCGUAAAGCCAGCAGUGCUGAUGAGGCUUUGGAUGUCAUUAAGCCUGAACGCCCAAAAGACUUAGCUCUAUAUCCUUCAACAUCUGGUGGGCGUUUUGAUAUCCAAAAGAUGAAAUAUGAUUUCCUGAAUGCUCCGCCUCCAACAUCAACCUCGUCAAGCCCACGGACGUUUCUAAAGAACAAAGAGAUCUAUCCUCCUAGUACCAUCCAAACCCCCGAUGAGGAUGAGCAGGAACUAAUUGCCAUGUUAGAGAAAUAUCUGGAGAUUUCAAAUAGCAAUGAGCCCAAUGUAAAAUCAGAUUUCGAUUAUCAGGAGUUGGUUGACAAGUUGCAACGCCACUUGACACUUUCACACAUUCCCGAAACUACAACCGCCUGGUCUUCAACAACAGGCACUCAGCCGCAAGGGCAAUCACAAUUUCCAUCAAGUAGCAGAGCGACAAACAGCGCCAAUUCAAACUCGCAACAACUGAGUGGAGUUUCCGGUUUCCCAGCACCCUCAGCUUUUUACCCCACUAAGCGCGACCACGUGCACUUUGACGGUGAUCACGUACAAAAGUCCCUUCAAGAGACCUUAAGUCGAUAUUUCAGUCAAUCGCCGAGCAGGGAUAGAAUUAUAAGCGAUCUGCUGACGAACCGCAAAGCAUUGCAAAAGCUUUACUUCGAUCUACGGCAAACCAAAGGUUUCCGCGGUCGACGUGAUUAUCCGACGUCGAAAACGACGUCGGCAUGGGACCAAUCUACGUUGCGCCACUACCGAAGCAAAUUAGAUAUGAGCGACUACAAAAAGUCGGUGCCGCCGCCACUCAUUGAGAUUCAAGGCGAGAGCAGCGACCCAACCUAUAUUGACGAGGGAACACAGACUUAUGCAUUGAGCGCUGUCGAGCUGGCGAAAAUCGAAGAGGAAUACAAGAAAAUGAUCGCCGAACGCAAUCAGGACGAAUAUGAUCCAGCAAGGCCUGGCCACCGGCGGCGUAGUAGUGUAGAUGAUGUUUCGCAAUCAGUCAGUGAUCACAUCAAACGCUAUCUGCGCAUGGCGCGCAAGAAAAGCUCGGAUGCCGACAAGGUCGAUCGUUUCAAACGCGUCAACUACGAUCGUAACCUGCGAAACAUCAAGGCGAAGGGCGAGAUCACAAAACCAGGCGACGAUGACGGCCUUAGCAAGGGCAGCCAGACCAACGAAGAGUGGAUUCUCAACUAUACAGAUCUCAAAUUCGAUGAGGUGUUUAACUCCGAGGUGGAGGCGUCUUCCAGCGCGCGUUCAAGCAUCGAUGCUGGCGUUCAUCUGUCCUCCACGCCCACAUCACCCACCAAAUCCCAUUCGUUCUUGUCGAGUCUCCUACACAAACACGACAAAACCAAUAAUGACAAGUCAUUGACAGGAUCUGGGCCGGCGAUGCAGAAGUCCAAGUCGUCGUCGAGUGUCGUCCAUCAGGGCGGGCGGCUGAUGGCAAAAACGCUCAUCUUCAAGCGUUCAAAGAGUCAGAGUCGACCUGCAGCCACGCAGCAACCAUGCACGUGGACGCCAAAGGGUUCCUGCUGCUGGAACAGCGUGACCGGAAAACAGGUGGUUCUCACCGACACACCACUGCAGCAGUUGAGCGAAAUUGAACGCAAAGUGCUUCAGAAAGUGGCCUUGGCGAAACUUCAGGCGCUCAAUCUCGGCGUUACCGUUAAAAUACCGUCGGAGACGACGGCUGCGUCGGUGGCGCCGAAAAAGCGACGGCCUUACCUGCUCAAACGCAAAGCGCUAACGACGGGUAUUUUCGAUACGGGCCGAAAGGACGACAAGGAAAAGCAAGGCGCUGGAUUGGUUUUCGGCAUACCACUGUCACAAUGCGUGGAAAAUGAUCGAUUAAAUCGUCUGAACACAUCCGGUUACAGCUCCAGUGACACAAGCAGUGGAAUUCCACGUGCGGGCAGUCGAGCAUCAUUCAGUAGCUUAAUUGAUGCAACGAUACGUGCCGAUGAAAAAGGCUCGUGUGAGAGUCUGGCACAUCAGCGGAUAGCCGGAAGCGUGCCCGGACUGCUCGACGAGUUAUCCUGUAGCUCCACAGCGGAUAUUGAUGUAUCUACCACAGGAGAAGAAGAAAGAGCGAUUCCACACGUGAUCACUGAAUGUAUCAGACACUUGGAAGCGAACGGAUUGCAUACGUUGGGUUUGUUCAGGGUGAGCGCAUCGAAAAAACGCGUAAGAGAACUGCGGGAGAGCUUCGACAGCGGAAAAGAAACAAUGCUAAGCAAUGAUCAGUGUCCGCACGACGUGGCCACUCUACUCAAAGAAUUCAUGAGGGAUUUACCGGACCCUCUUUUAUGUCGGGAUCUCUAUAAUGCAUUUGUACAAACACAAAGGAUUCGUAAUAGGAGACUGCAAUUAGAAGCCUUGCAACAUUUGGUUCAAUUACUUCCUGCCGUCAAUCGCGACACGCUGGCGGCGUUGUUGAACUUCCUCGUCAAGGUCGCCAAGUAUUCGAACGAUCAGAGCAACGCCUUGGGAGAAGAGUUAGUUGGGAAUAAAAUGAACGCUGCAAAUUUAGCAACUGUAUUUGCACCGAACGUACUACACUCUUUAAAACAGGGUAAGGAUACUGGUGAUCGACCUGAGGACCGAUUAGAUGUAAUCAAUGUCGUAAGGACAAUGAUUGACAAUAUGGGUGCGCUUUACACCAUCAGUGCUGAACUUUUGGACGAAGUUUAUGUUCACAUGAUGGAUACGCAUCCGGCUGCUCUGGAAGAGUUGAUGAAUAAGAGAGAAAGCACUUAUGAUGAGUCUCAGGACGAGAUAUCAGACGGCUCUGCUUGGUCGCCGGUGCAGACCAAUCCAGACGCCUCCAUUGAGGAUGCCAUGCACAGAAUGCAUCAUCACGGUGAUGAGCCACCAACACUACCAAUGCGGAAAACCUACUCGCGGGAAGAGUUUUUACACGAAAGCGCUGCCACUGGAGGUCCUAAUGUUGCCAUGAGAAUAAGGCAUAAGGAACGCAGUCUACGUCGCCGUCGAGAGAGUUCAGGGACGCGACGACGUGACGAUGACAGCGGCAGCAGCACUUCGAGCAUUGCCCCCGCGAGGGUACGAGAAGCCCAAGCUUACAAUAAGACACGCUCGUCAUCGCUGGAAAGCACAAGCUCAGCGAUAGACGCGCACGAGCGCACGAUCCGCAUGGGUGACAUCAUCAACAGCGACAUGGUCGCCGGCGACAGACGUAAAUCAACACCGUAUAUUCUAGACCAGAGCGGUAUUAUCACUGCAAGCCUGACGAUACCAGUUCAGACGACCCUCAACAUUGACAACGACGACAUUCCCUACAUCGAGGACGGUAUGGAUGGUAAACUGAAUCGCUCGCCACAAGCGCCCCCGCGCCGACGGCAGCGCUCGAUGAGCGGCAGUGAUUCAUCGAUCGCCUCCACAAUGCAACCCGUCAUGGGCAGCAUCAGCUUGAUCGGUUAUGACUCCGCCAUCGGGUCGUCGAUCACCCAAAGCAGCCCGCCUCAUAACACGACGCCUUCAUCUGUUAGUAGUAGUAUGGACGCGUCUGGAAUCUGCAGUUCGCCGCCUUCUUGGGCUUCAACGCCACCUACAUCUCCAGACAGUCACAAUACCACCGUCAAUUACAUACCCGAUGACGUACAACCACCGCGCCAGUACUACGCCGCCAGUAGGCAGAUUACAAAGUCCAAGGACACUUUACCAAUGCUACAAAAAGUUUCAUACACUUCUACGUCUGAAAUUCAGCGAGCUGGUAAACCGGCUGAUAUACGACGAGAGACACCUUUUCGCAAGAAAAGCGUUGAUAUUCAGAAGUGCCAGAGCACACCAGUAUGCGCCAUUGAAGCUGCCAACACUGGCAGUUAUGCGGGCCGGGAGAGAUUCAAUCCGAGUAUUACUAGUAUUGGCAACGCUGUGUUACGUUCACGCACAGCUGAUUUUGAACGCAUCACAAAGACGACUAAUGAUACCAAAACCACCAAUACUACCACCACCACAACAAACGUGGCUGAGAAAAAGAAGUAUACCAAACGCAGGUACACUGACUUGAGACAUCAGACGAGACAUAUUCCGGAUGCGGAAGCGCUGGAGGCGACGCAACCGCAGACAAGCACGACGAUAACUAGUGCGGUUGGUUCGCAAGCCAGCAGUGGAGGCGCCGGGCAAACUGUGUACAAACGCCGAGAACUUAUUUCCAGCGCACCUUCGGCUUCACACUGAAUUAAUAUUAUAUGACAAAAUGGUGCAAAUCUUAUCGUUUAAUAUACUAAUGUAAAUAUUUCACAAAA